CAAUUUAUUGAUAACACUAUUGGAAAUUUUAAAAAUUUCUAAAAUAUUCCUGUUAUCUAUUUUUUGCUACAAGAUUUACUUAAAUUUGAGUUUGUCUUUACAAUUUUCAUAUCUAUGAAACCGCAUUAUGGAUACAUAUUAUGUCUGUAAUGGAAAUCUUGUGAAAAAUGAUACCCAAAUUGACCCAAAAGAUAUAUUUAUUAUUGAAGAACCUUUCGAAACAUAUGACAACAAUAGUAAUCCAGAUGAGUCAAUACAACUUGAAAAUGAUAUUCUUCUAGAGUCUCGUAAAAGAAAUUGCCGAGAAUGGAGUCAAUAUGAAACAAAAAUUCUUAUGGAUAUGUAUAGACGUAAUGUGACUCAAGUGGGGCCCAUGAAAAAGUUUAAAAGCAAAAGAGAAAUGUUCAAAUAUAUUGCACAAAUAAUAUCUACUAAGUUAAAUAUCAUCAGAAGUGCUCACCAAUGUGAAAACCGAUACAAGACUGUAGUGAACCAACUUAAAGUUGGUCCUACAAUAGUACAAAAAGCUAAAUCCGAUGUAGGAAAUAAUGAAGAGGAAAGUCAGGAAAGAUCUCAAAGUGAUGUAACAGCUUCAGUAUCAGCCGAUCAUGAUUAUAAUGGACAGAACUCUAGAAUUAAUGGACAAUGCCCUAAUAAAUCAAUAAGUGAAUGGGGAAUUGAUGAUACUAAGCUACUUAUGGAAUUAUACCGAAAGAACAUUUCUAAAGUUGGUUUAGAAAGAACAUUUAGAACUAAAUUGAAAAUGUUUGAACACAUAGCAACUGUAAUUAGUGAUAUUCUUAAUAUUACAAGAACGGCCGAACAAUGUUUAAACAGGUAUAAAACAAUAUUCAGAAGAAAAAGUUUUAAGCAAAAUAAGAUAAAAAAUAAUAAUUUGUCAAUGAAUAAUACAAUUAUAGAAAAUAAUUUAAACAGCAAUGAUAGCCCAGAUUGUGAUACACAUCUAGUUAAUAAUUUCAGUGAAACUGAAUUCAACACUCACAUUUACGAUGGAAAUACAUUAAGAAAGAUUGUUAGGCAGCCUAAAAUAAUGCCUAAAAUAAUAUCUACAGAACAUAAUAUGAAUCCGGAAACUUUGUUGGUGAAAACUUUAAAAGAUAUUGCUGCCCAAAAAGAAAAGACUCUAUUGAAAAUUGCAGCAAAUCAAGAGUGUGCCCACGAACGUAGACAUCAAGAACAAUUGGCUCUAAUCCGAUAUUAUGGAGACAAUUUUGCUCGAAGUUUUGGAAUUCAAAUAAAUAAUACUACUGAACAUCAAUAUUGAUUAUUAAUUUUUAUUAGUUGUUUUAGAACU